UGCAGAGCAAAGACUCAAAUCCCGUUUGAGUUAGUUGCCUCGGCCUUAAAAUUUCCGAAUUCCAGUUGACAAAAUUACCCGAAGUUCUUGUAAAAAUUAAUUUUCACGGAAACCAUAUGAGGAACCUGAAGACGGAUAUUUAAAGUACGGAUCGGAAGAUCUUUAAGGCACUGACGAAAACCUAGUGCAGGUGUCAGCUGGAUCGCGGCGCGAACACAUCCGAAGGGGACCAUGAGCGAGCUGGAGCAGCUGCGGCAGGAAGCGGAGCAACUGCGCAAUCAGAUCAGAGAUGCCAGGAAGGCGUGUAGCGAUUCUACUCUUUCUCAGAUCACAGCCGGCCUGGACUCUGUGGGAAGGAUCCAGAUGAGGACGAGACGCACCCUCCGAGGCCAUCUAGCCAAAAUCUACGCCAUGCACUGGGGCUCUGACUCCAGGCUACUCGUCAGUGCCUCCCAAGAUGGCAAGUUGAUCAUUUGGGACAGCUACACGACGAACAAGAUACACGCCAUCCCCCUGCGGUCCUCCUGGGUGAUGACUUGCGCCUACGCCCCCUCUGGGAACUACGUGGCCUGCGGCGGCCUGGACAACAUCUGCUCCAUAUACAGCCUGAAGACCCGGGAGGGGAACGUGCGUGUGACGAGGGAGCUUCCGGGACACACAGGGUAUUUAUCUUGUUGUCGUUUUCUGGAUGACAACCAGAUUGUCACUAGCUCUGGAGACACCAACUGUGCAUUAUGGGACAUCGAGACAGGCCAGCAGGCGACCACGUUCACCGGCCACACCGGUGACGUCAUGAGCCUGUCUCUCAGCCCUGACUCCAGGACCUUCGUGUCUGGCGCCUGCGACGCCUCCUCCAAGCUCUGGGACAUCCGAGACGGCAUGUGCCGGCAGUCCUUCACCGGGCAUGUGUCCGACAUCAACGCCGUCUGCUUUUUUCCGAACGGGAACGCCUUCGCCACCGGGUCUGACGACGCCACCUGCCGGCUGUUCGACCUGCGGGCAGACCAGGAGCUCAUGAUGUACUCCCACGACAACAUCAUCUGCGGCAUCACCUCGGUGGCCUUCUCCAAGAGCGGCCGCCUUCUGCUGGCCGGCUACGACGACUUCAACUGCAACGUGUGGGAUGCGUUGAAGGGAGAGCGUGCAGGUGUUCUGGCUGGUCACGACAACCGCGUCAGCUGCUUAGGAGUAACAGAUGACGGCAUGGCCGUGGGCACCGGCUCUUGGGACAGUUUCCUCAGAAUCUGGAAUUAACCCUGGAGGGCGGGGCAGGACCGAGAGCGAAACCGGGCGUCCUCCUCCAUCCAACGUGGGGAGCGGCUGCUGCACCCCGCCGCUGUGAGAAUGGAACGUUCUUUCUACCUUUCCAGGCAAAGUCUUUUCUAUUCACUAAUUAUACAAAGCUUUCCAUACAUAGGCCAAUCAACUGAAAAUGAGAUCUUAACCUUGGUGACCCCCUGAUUUUUUUUGACAGGGGCUAGCAUGUUACCAUGGUUACUGAGCUAGGAGCCAGUCAUAUUGUGUUGUAUGUAUAUUGCAUUAUGUAUGUGUAUGCGUGUCGCAUAUAUGCAUAUAUAAUGCACAUUUGUAUUUUAUUUUGGUUCAUUGCCCAUUCUCUGAUCGGCAGUUUGAUGAUUGCUGCCUCGUAUUUACUUUUGCAAUGUACUUAACAUUGUUCACGCAAAUACUUGCCAUUGUCAGCCAUGUAAUGUUGAUAUGCAUUACACCAGUAUAUGGCCUACAUACCUGUAUGAAUGUAAUAUUAAUAUUGCUCAUAUUAAUAUUACAUUACAGGUUGGUAUUUCCACUCAUAUACUGCAGUCUUCAUUCGACCUCCAAUGGCACACUGUGGUUGUUCUAUGUGAUCCUUGGUAGAAACGAAUCUGUCUCUGUAUUUUUUGAUUUUGUCCAUUUGUUGCCUGGGACCGUAUUGGUGGUAUGUGUGUGGUUCGGAGAGUCCAGUAUUGAUCAGCGUACAGCAGCAUUUGCAGGUUAGUGAUGGCAGCAUCAUGAUGCACUUGUAGUCCAGUGUCGCACCAUGCAGACUUGCUUUCGACGAACAACAGUGUUUUAUGCAAUAAACCCAACGGCAAUCGGUGUGCAGCUGGCCCCGCCCUGCUGUAGGGCGGUCUGGGUCAGACCCCUGCGACCUGUCUGUGGGCUGGAACACAUAGCGUGUAGCAGCGAUACCCGUGAUGCACUGAUGUGCAUGUAUGGUUGGAGUCUGCGUCGAACAGAGUAGCACAAACAGCCAGGAAGUGGGGCGAGGCCUCUGAAUAACGGCCCCAGCUGAAGGGUAGAGGAGCCCCUCUGUGGCCACGCCCCCAUGGCAGAAGCUGUCCGUCUGGAGUGAAAGGACCAAAAGCAGACUAGGGCUGGGAGGUAGAUAUUGCACCUAUGAUGGGACGCUCUGCUUUGCUAGCACCUAUGCAGUAAUUUGAGCAUGGAGUGAGACACAGAGCCACACAUAGCAUGCAGCGGAGGUGGGAAAAGAUAGCCAGGAAGCACACAAAACGCCAUCGCCAUUAGAGGAAGCAGCAUUUAGAGCCAUCUCUCCUCAUAAAGAUGAUCUUUAAUAAGGAGGCCUGCUGUUGCUGUUCUCGAACAAGCAGAAGGCGCAGCACCGAUUACUUUCCUGGUGCCAUUUGCUCAAUCUACAUGCUGAUCACCGAUCCAACACACGUCGUAGUCCGGUGUCUUAGAGUGAAUACCAACAAUGUAUGCGUAUACGUGCGUUGGUGUGUGAAUGUGGUGCGCAUACUCGUGCGUAUGCUGACGUUUGUACUCGUGUAUGUGUAGUGCAACACGCUCACUUCGGUGCACUUCACGGGCCCGAAUUGUGAUUUUGAUCAGUCUUAACCCCACUCUGCCUUAACGUAGAGGCCGUGCACCGCGUUCUCGCAGCACUGUUCCUUGUCAGAGCACAUCUUUGGUGUCCCCUGCCCCCAGUAUUCAGUUCUCCUUCACGCCUGCCCCCUGCUGGUCACUUAUGGACCCAGUCAUGCAGCUUGCUAGUUUGACCUGGAAUGUUGUAAUUGAGUAUUAGAGAAGCACUAAAGGUAUCAGUCAGGCUCAGAAACCCAUAAAAAUUGCUUUGUUUCUGCAAGUGUUGGGAAGGCCAGAUGUACAUUGUGAUUAGAGCCCAAAAAGUGUUAUGCCUUAGUAGUGUGCCAAUACAUAUGUGCCAUUGUAUUUAACCAGAGGAAGCACAGACACCAAAUCUCAUUUAAGAAACACUAAAGACAAGCGGGGGGUUAUGAAUUAUGAACUAUAAUGGUUUAAGGAUUUAAUGACCUGGAUCAACCGUCUUUGCUGUGAAGAAGGGUGGAUUGAACAGCCACACUCAGCUCUUUUAGUUCUGACCACUUUGCCCUGUAAAUUCAGUCAGGUGUAAUAGAUUACUUUUAGUCAGUACAAAAAAUGUUUCAUGUAUUUAUUGAUCACAACAAUUUUUUUUACACAAUCAGUGACUAUAGGUGGUAUAGGUGGUUUUGACUUCUUUUAGCUUCAUCACCCAUUUUAUUUUAAUAUCUGUAUUUUUAAUAUGUAUUUUUUUUAUGCAAGAAUGUAAUUGAAAUUUUACAGUAAAAUGUGGUUUUCCAGAAAGACCCACAGGUGAAUGAUGUAGGAUGUAAUGCAGGUCAGUGUUGGAAAGUAUCUUUACUGAAACACAUGGUGUUUUCUCUGAGGCUACUCUUGUGCUGAAGAAACCUACCAACUGUUGAUUGGGAGUUCUGAGAUGCGCUACUUGAUGGAAUUGAUUUUGUCUCUGCAUACAGAAGGGACAGGAAAUCAGUGCCCUUAAACGCAUCUGAGGUGUAAGUGAGACUAUGCCGGUUUGCUUGACAUAAGGUGCCUAACUGAACGAGCAAUCCAGCCUAGCCAGCACACUUUACUGUAAUGAGCGCGACUGAGUUUAGCCAUCGGGUUUUCAGUACCUGCCUUGCGCACCCCAAUGGCGGCCAAAACUACGCGGUUCCAUGCGGGCAGCAGUGUUGUAAUCCACAUCUGUCCUGUUGAAAUGGCAGAUUGCAGUGGAGUGGUAAGGUGAGGAACCUUCCAGCAAAAUAGCACGAGUAUGUUUCAGGCGACUGCGUCUCUCUGUAGAUCACUUCUCACCAGACACUGGGCCCCCAUGGAACCACAGCUAAGAAGGGACACAUUUUGUUAAAAAUAAUCCUAAGUAAAGAAUGGGCAGGUGGUGACUGCAGUGUUGUGUACUGUAUGAAGAGCAACAGUAUUAAUUUUGACAGAUAAAAACACAUGAAAUGUGCCUGUACAGUACACAGCUGUUAAGAGUUGGGACAAAGGGCCUCUUGAGGGUUCUGAUACACACUGUUCUCUAUUUAGUCAAACUCUAAUGCACCUUACCUUGAACUUUAUGU